AUGCUGUCUCGACGAAUUGCGCGGGUCUCGACCAUCCGCAGCACGGGUGCUGCUCUGGCAGCUCCCGCCCGCCGCCUUCCCACCAUCCAGCAGCGAACCUUCUUCCCCGACGGCAUCAACGACAAAAAGACCCUCGAGGCCAAGUACCCCGACUACCCUGCUCUCACCGAGGCGGAGGACCCCGGCAUGAACGGCGGCUACGUCAACCCUCCCUUCAUCAAGCGCCAGCACCGCGAUCCCUACGGCAACUGGUGGGACAAGCAGGAGAGGCGCAACUUUGGCGAGCCCGUCCACGAGGACCACGAUCUCCUCGGCAUCUUCUCCCCCUACGAGUACACCUGGACCACCGCCGGCCCCGGCGCCCUCAUGAUCGGCACCUUUGUCGCGACCUUCCUCGUCGUCGUCGGUGCCAUCUACGUCACCUACCCCGACAGGCCCACGUUCCCCAGGGAAUUCGAGAACGGUCUGCAGAGGGAGCUUGGUGGCGCCAGCGCCCUGAGGGCGAGGCAGGAGGGUGACGAGGAUCCUUGA